CGAUCGGAAGUCGCAGUUUCGCGGUCCAAAGCUCUCUGCAGAUCUCUUUCUCCCUCCUUGUCCUCUCCAUCUCGUUCUCUCUCACUGCGUGUAGCAGAGGUCGACAGCUCAAGAUGAGCAAAGGGCCGGGGCUCUUCACUGACAUCGGCAAGAAGGCCAAAGAUAUUUUGACGGCUAACUACACCACCGAUCAGAAGUUCUCGGUCAACACUUGCAGCGAAAAUGGAGUGAUUCUCACGUCAACAGCAUUGAAGAAAGGAGGAUUAUCAACAGGUGAUGUAGCAGCAAAGUACAAGUACAAGAAUUUGCUGGUUGAUGUCAACGUCGACACAGAUUCCAAGGUCUUGACUACACUCACUUUCACAGAGAUCGUCCCUUCAACAAAGACCGUCGCAUCCCUGAAAUUUCCUGAUUUUGACUCUGGCAAGCUGGAGGUUCAAUAUUUCCAUCACCAUGCGACCUUCACAACUGCAGUUUCUUUGAAGCAAGCCCCGACUGUUGAUGUUUCUGCUACCAUUGGAACUCCAAGCAUUGCUUUUGGUGCAGAGGCAGGUUAUGACACAACAUCCAGUACUUUCACAAAGUACACUGCAGGAGUGAGUGUGUCAAAGCCCGACUCUUGUGCUUCCAUCAUCUUGGGAGAUAAAGGUGAUUCCAUUAGAGCAUCGUACCUUCACUAUCUUGAUGAAUUGAAAAAGAGUGCUGCUGUAGGAGAAAUCACUAGGAAGUUCUCGAUGAACGAGAACACAAUCACUGUUGGUGGAUCAUAUGUCGUGAACCCCUUAACAACUGUCAAGGCAAAACUCAACAACAAUGGGAAGCUCGGGGCUCUACUCCAGCAUGAACUCAUCCCAAAGUCUCUGCUCACAAUCUCGGGCGAGGUUGACACCAAGGCUCUGGACAGAACUCCUAAGCUGGGCGUGUCCAUUGCCCUUGUCCCAUAGUGUGACCUUGUUGCCUAUGAAAAGUGGUUUUUGUCUGUCCGAAGGUUUAUUGUCAUUCUUUCUCUCGAAUUCUGAUUCGGAGAGCUCAAUAAGGUUCUGCAAGAUGUCGUGGUUUGGUUAAUGGCCAGUGAUAUUUUGGCUCGAUUUGUUUGGUCGUGGAUUUGUACUCUUUGUUCCGUGCAGAACCGUGAGAUCUCAUAGAAGCUUUGGCCGAUAGAAGAAUUUUUCGAAUUCCAGUGCACUCUGUUUUUGGUUUUGCUGAUCU